GUCUUAAAUUCCUUUGUGGGAGUGUCCAAAAAACCAUUUUGUGACAUUUCCUUCCUUCAUAUAUAAAUAUCACCACAAAAUUUAACAUCAGUAUUCCAAGUCUUCACAUCCAGUCAAAACAUGUUCAAAUUGGUUUUAAGCUUCGCCUUGAUUGCGACCGUUUUCGCCGAUGUGUCGCACAUCUACAGGCCCCAUCAGUACACUUUCCAACCGGUCCAACACUACAACCCAAUUCCCGUUCAAACUUACCACGCUCAACAACAAAUCCCGAUCCUCCGACAAGACCAGGAUGUUCGUGAAGACGGUUCUUACUCCUACAACUACGAAACCGGAAACGGAAUUGCCGCUCAGGAACAAGGAUCGAUUCGUGCCUUAGGACAGAACAUCGGCAAAGCCGCCCAAGGUUCCUUCUCUUACACGUCUCCCGAAGGGGAACCGGUGCAUGUUUCUUACGUUGCCGAUGAAAACGGUUUCCAAGCUGCCGGUUCCCACAUCCCGACUCCACCACCAGUGCCGGCGGCCAUCCAGAGAUCCUUGGAUUGGAUCGCAGCUCAUCCACAGCCCGCCAGCCAGGCCUACAACAAUUAUAACCAGUACCAACAACGCAGGUUCUUCUAAGAGGAUGCUGCUGCUGAUUUUGAACUGUGUGAUCAUGUACAGAUUAAUAAAAUUGUAAAUUAAGUGCA